UUGACAAGCAGUUGCAAGGUAUCAGCCAGAAGACCUCUGACUGUAAAUGCAGCUUUUUGAUGGCAUUUAAUACUUUUACACCCUUAAUACAUGCAACCUCUUGAUGGCACUUUUGAAGUUAAUGCAAAUGCUCAUGCUCAUGGGUGGAAUUGCUGGUGUGAGGGAAGAGGGAGGGAUUUAGGCAAGGGCCUUGGCAUGUCCCUACGAAUCUGUCAAGCUUUUAUGCACAUUAUGUUAGUUAGCAUGGAUGUUUGUGGGUUUCUUCUUAAAGGAGUUGGAAAGCAUGAAUGGGCUUCACCAAAGUGGUUUCAUGUGUUCCUUCUUUAUGGUUGAAGAAAUAAAUCCUUUUGACUCGAUGCAUUAGAACUUUAUUAUUAUGUGUACUUUUUGCUUUUAUGAUUACAAUAAUAAACUGGAACCUUGCUUCUCUUCUGGUUUUUCCAUAUUCAUUAAAAGCUAUGCAUGAUGCAUCAUCUAUUUUUUGGCAAAGAAAAUGAAGAAUCAACUUCAACAAUAGUUGAAGAUAUGAGCAAAAGAAUGAUAAAUCGGAGCUGGACUCAAAUGGAAGUCCCAUUUAAUCCAAGCUUUGUCUCAAAAGAUGGGAAAGUGGGAUUAGAGAACUGGAAGAAACUAUUACCUGCAUACUUAACAAUCAAAAAGCACCAUAAACCAGCUGGAGCAACGGCUAGGCCUUAUAUGACAAUGACCAGGGUUCAGAUACCAAUGUGUGACAUUGGUCAUAGGAGCAUAACUUGGCCUCUACUAUUCAAUAAUGGCACUGCCAUCAGAGGGAAAAAAUUAUCUGAUUGCUGUUGGAAUGAGAUCAUUAUGAGCUAACCAAAUGAAAAACAGACAUGAGUGAGCUACCAAGGAGUUGACAAUGUUAUUCACACCUGAAAGUUGGAUGUUCCUUUACUGAUGUUUCUAAGACUCCUUCGGCGAUGAGUGUUCCUAAUGUUAUUCAAGAGGCAUCAUCUGAUUGGCAAGAGUAUACAUCUGGUGAUGGAAGAAGAUAUUUUUACAACAAGAGAACAAAAAAUACUUCCUGGGAGAAGCCUUCGGAGUUGAUGACACCUUUGGAGAGGGUUGAUGCCUCCACUGUUUGGAAAGAGUUCACAACUGCAGAGGGUAAAAAAUAUUAUUACAACAAGGAGACAAAGCAAUCUAAAUGGAAGAUACCUGAUGAAUUGGAGUUGGCUCGAGAGCAGGCUGAGAAAGAAGCUUCUGAAGGGUCUCAAUCUGGGAUGGUGCCUCAAGCUGAUGCUCCUGCCACUUUUACAUCAUCUACACUAGAACAACCUUUUGCUUCUACAAGCUCAGUUGAAGACGUAUCUUUGACGAUUUCUGGGGUCGCUUCAAGCCCUGUGGCAGUUAAGCCUAACACUUCUGUUGGUAAUGACCCCCCAAAUCUGGGGAUUGAUUCUUCAUCUAUUGCUUCUGAGGGUAUGGAGACUCCAUCCCCAGUUUCUCAGGCAGUUAAUGGUGCUCCAUAUGUAUUGGUCAACACAAGUUCAUCUCCAAAGACCAACCUGGAGAAUUCAUACUCACAUGCUGUUGCUAAUGCUUUAGAUGGAGCUCUGGUUCAGGAUAUCAAGGAAGCAAAGAAGGGCAUUUCAGCUGCUGGGAAAGUGAACGCAGCACAAUGGGAGGUUGUAGAUGUUGAGCCCGUGUUAUAUGCAAGCAAACAGGAAGCAAAAAUUGCCUUUAAAUCUUUAUUGGAGUCUGCAAAUCUUGAAGCUGAUUGUAGCUGGGAACAGGCAAUGAGAGUGAUCAUAAAUGAUAAGAGAUAUGGCGUGUUAAAAACACUUGGGGAACGGAAACGGGCAUUUAAUGAGUUCCUGAUGGAAAAAAAGAAAUUGGACGUGGAGGAGAGUCGCCUGAGACAGAAAAAAGCAAAAGAUGAAUUCAUGAAGAUGUUAGAGGAGUGCAAGGAAUUAACAUCAUCUAUGAGAUGGAGCAAAGCUAUAGCAUUGGUCGAAGAUGAUAAGCGUUAUAAGGCUGUAGAACGACCUGCUGACCGCGAAGAUCUUUUUCAAAACUACUUGGUUGAUCUUAAGAAGAAAGGAAGAGAAAAAGCUCAAGAGGAGCAACAUCAGAAAAGAUUAGAGUACAGGCGCUUUCUUGAAAGUUGUGGUUUGAUUAAUGUGAACACUCAAUGGCGGAAAGUUAAGGAUCGGUUGGAAGAUGAUGAAAGAUGUUCACGGCUUGAAAAAAUCGAUCGCUUGGAGAUUUUCCAGGAAUAUAUCCGUGACCUGGGGAAGGAAGAAGAGGAACAGAGGAAAUUAAAAAAGGAACAAAUAAAAACGGUGGAGCGUAAAAACCGUGAUGAAUUUCGCAAGAUGAUGGAAGAACAUGUGGUGUCUGGUAUUCUUACAGCUAGUACCCAAUGGCGUGACUAUUUUCAGAAGGUCAAGGAGUCUGUAGCUUAUCAAGCUGUUGCUUCAAAUACGUGUGGUGCAACAGCAAAAGAUUUAUUUGAGGAUGUUACUGAAGAAUUGGAAAAGAAGUACCGUGAUGACAAAACGCGUGUCAAAAAUGCCAUGAAGGCAAAGAAGGUCAAUGUUGCACCAGCAUGGACAUUUAAAGAUUUCAAGGCUGCUAUGCAAGAUGCCAUCAUCUCCCCACCUUUAUCGGAUAUUAAUUUGCAGCUUGUGUUUGAAGACCUACUUGAGAGGGCUAAGGAGAAAGAGAAGAAGGAAGGUAAAAGGCGUCGUCGUCUUACCAAAGAUUUCACAGAGUUAUUGUACGGCAUCAAGGAAAUUAAUGCAUCCUCCACAUGGGAGGAGUGCUUGCAACUUUUUGAAGAAAGCCCUGCGUAUAGAUCUGUUGGAGAUGAGAGCUUUGCUCGAGUGACUUUUGAGGAAUAUGUUGUUUCUUUACUGGAGAAGGCAGAAAACAACAAAUACAAGCAGGAGGAGGAAAAGGCCAAAAAGGAGAAAAGAGAAAAGAACAAGGAUGAAUCAAACAGUGUGGAUGUGGAUGUUAGUGAAAGUUAUGGCCAUAAAGACAGAGAGAGGAAGCACCGUAGGCGCCAUGGAAGUCCUGAUAAGGAUGAUAGAGACGACUCUAAAAAGUCUCGUCGACAUGGCAGUGGCCACAGAAAGUCAAGAAAGGUACUUUCCAAUGCUACCCUCAAUUAUGAGUUGGAGAAAUUCGUUGUUCAGCAUGCAUAUUCACCUGAAUCAGAUGGUGAAAUCAAGCAUAAAAGAUACAAGAAAGAUGGAGAUGAUGAUGGUUGUGGUAAAAAUGGUGGUCAUAAGGAGCUUGAAGAUGGGGAGGUUGGAGAGGAUGGAGAAAUUUGCUAGAAACACAAUGAUUUCAUAUAAUUACUUUUCCUCUACAUAAACCUUAAAAUGGUAUUGUAUCUGUGUGAGCAGAACAUCUGUAUUUUUGAUUUAGAACAAACUAGUUUAUGAAAAUAUGACUGGUUCUCAAUGCUGAGAUUGUACUAUUUUGACAUCGAGAUUCUCUACUUGUAUACAAUCUGUAAAAAUUUCGU